ACAGACAGACUGAGUACUUUCGCAUUUAUAAUAUUAGGAAGGAUUACAAAAAAGAAGUGAACUUUCUUACUUUCAAGGGUUCAAGGGUGUUCAUAACAUUAUAUUGUUACUUUUUAGUGCAUUUUCUUUGUGUCUAUUUUCUUUUUCUCUUAUUUUUUUUUCAAAACCACAUUGCCCUUCGUUAAUGUAAUCACAUAAAACGGGGUAUUUACAUAGGUUAAGAGGGUUUUAAAGUUAAUGGGACGAGGAAUGGAAUUUAGAAGGAUAUCCAUUAGAGAUGUAGUUCUAUUUGUACAAGUGAAGAAUAUAUGUUAAAUCGUUUCUUUGUCUAGUCGACCAACUCCGUUCAACUCGAAGUGUAAAAGCAGAAUUUAAAAUACUGUGUCCGAAUUCCUACGUAAAAAUACUUGAGAGAAUAGAGAGUUUACAGAAUAAAAUUGUAGAGGAAAAGUGUCUAGUUUACUUCUAAAUGCUACGCCGUAGUAAAAGUGUAAAAUUGGGCGUGGUUUUUGUUUCAUACCAUAGACUCAGUUUGUCUUUGUCAAAAAUAUAUUUUCUAUUUUCAUGAUGGCCAAUAGCAGCCAAUAGUGUCGAGGGGUCGAGCGUCUUUUUAAACUUAAGCGUCAAUGUCAAUUUAAUAGUCGUUGUUGGUUUAAAAAUGUAGAAGUUAUGCGUUAUUUUAUUUUUGUUUAUAAACAGGAUUGAUGAAUAAUAUUACCUAAGCUGCAAAUAUUGAUUAGAAAGUAAGAUAAAAUGACUAAAACAUUCCAGAAAUGUAGGCUGUGCUUAAAACUUGGGGAGUUUUGUUCAAUUUUUGAAAAUGAUGGUAUCAUGAAACUGUCAGAUAUGGUUAUGGCUUUUGCUGAUGUUCAGAUACAUGAAGGUGAUGGAUUAUCAGACAGAGUAUGUACAACUUGUGUGGAAAAUUUAAGCACCGCUUAUUUGUUUAAGCUACAAUGUGAAAGAACAAAUACUUUACUUCAUAAAUGUCCUGAAGAACAAAUGGAAAAGCCUAUCUCUACAAACUUCGGUGACUUUUACAAUCAAGAAUUUCAUAUACAUUCUGAUAAUGGCUUAGUUGAAGGUGGAAAUAAUCAACAUAAUGUUAGAGACUAUAACUUUGAUGCCCAUUUGAAGACAAUUGAUGAAACCAGUGAUGAAACUGACAGUGAUGUGGACUCAGUGAAGUGUGUAUAUUGUAAUCAAUCAUACAACCACUUUGGAGCACACACUUGCAAUGUGACUUGUACGAUUGAACAAAAUGAAUUGCAGCGAUCAGGCACUGGUUCUGAGAUUGGGUCUGGCAGCGAUGAGACACUUGUUGCUACUGAUAGCAGUCUAUACUUUACACCUGACAAAAGUACACAUUCCAAAAAUCAGCCAACACAUGUUAACAUACAAUGUGUACUCUGUGAAGAGAAAUAUGAUAAUUAUGAUGAUUAUGUUAUUCAUAUUAAUAGAUGCACAACAAAUGUAAAAUUACAGCAUUAUGUAUGUCCAUUGUGCCAUGAAAUUCACACAGAAAAGUUGGUUUAUUUGAAACAUUUGAAAGAUGCUCAUUUUAAUGUUGUAAGAUCAACAUAUGAUAGUGGAGAGGACUGUGUAGAUUCUGUUCCAAUAUUAGAAAAGACCAGAAAGCCAAAAGUUGUGCGUCGCCAAAUUGGGUGGUCAAUCGAAGACAUUUAUCAAGAAAUUGAAUGCAAAAGAGUAGAAGACAAAGAAACACCAAAAUCCAGUCCAUUUAAAUCUUUUCUUUCAAAAAUAGGGAGCGAACAUUUGUGUUUCAGAACAUCAAGCAAGCAUAGCACUCCAAAAAAGGUAACAUUCCGUAAUUGGAUUGAAACAAGCAAAGCAAAAACAUCAAACUACUUUCCAUUUCGUAAAUACAUUGAGAAUUAUAGGCUAAAAAAGAAAUCAAAUAACUAUGCUCCUAUCAACUCUAAAUCAGUCACAAGCACAAUAAAGGCCACAUUACCUGAAGCAACUUCUGAUAGUGACUAUAAUUCUCCAAGUGGUACUUCUGAAGACUCAUGGAAAAUGAAACAGAACUUGAUUUGUGCCUGCGACAAAAAAGUGUUUAUGUUGUCUGAACUUAUACAUGAUCGUGAUCGAAUCGUUGCGAUGAUCAACGAAUUAGGUGGAGUAGUAGCAGAGAAUACAAAAAUGGAGAUGAUGGCAACACAUUUUAUUUCAAUUUUGCCCAAUGAUACAUUUACUGGAAUGAUGGUGUGUUCCCUUGCCACUGGUAAAUGGUUGCUUCAUGUUAGUUUCAUAUAUGACAGUUUCCGUUGCAAGAAAUUCCUACGUGAAGAUAUGUAUGAAUGGUUAAAACAUCCUAAAAUAGUAGAGUUGGACGCCACAAACGUGGAAGUGGCCAAGGCUGCGGUGUACUGGCAUCUAGAAUUACAAGCUUUGGGCGCUAAGUAUCCUUUUGAAGGAAAACAAAUUGUCCUUAUAAUGAGGAAAAAAUAUAGACAAUAUUACCAGAUGAUCUUCAAGUCCCUAAAAGCGAAAACUUUGACAUAUGAUCCAAGAACCCCAGGCAGCUGUUGUUCCGCCGAUUUCUGUUUUGUCGAUAUGAAAAUAAUAGAAAGAGUAAAACUUCGCUUUUUCUUCCACCAUAAUGUACCUGUUUUUCCGUAUCAAUUUAUUUUGGUCUACCUUCUGAAGAAAGGUCGCGUGGAGGACCAACACAAGUACAUGCUUCAGGAUACUGCAAAAUUUUUACCUGAAGAAAAAGUUUGUUUCUUAAAUAAUACAUUUUAAGUUUUGAACUGAUUUUUAAUGUUAAAUCGAUUUUUUGAUUUU